AUGCAAGCGUUGAAAACGUUCUCCAGAGGACAAAAAACUAAAAAGAAAAUUGUAUUUGUUUUAGUAUCAAUAUGUAAAAGUAAGUGGACAAGUCUACGAAAUUCAUUUGCAAGAGAACUUCGGGAGCUUAAAAAUAAAAAAUCAGGAUCUAAGAAACAGAAGAAAACAGAAUCAGAUGAAGAACAGAAUGUAACACAAGUAGAAGAAAACACAACAGUAGAAAAAAGUAUAAUUACAGAAAGUGAACCAGACUUCAGACAACCAGUGUUUAAAAAACCAAAGAAAAAAGAGUACAAGACUGCGAGUGAAAAAGUAGCUGAACCUACGAUCGAAUUUUUAAAGUCUAGGACAAAUAAGCCAACACAUGUUGAAGAUCCCCCAGAAUUAUUAUUUUUUAAGAGCUUAAUUCCUGAUUAUAAUAAGCUCAACGAAAAAAAUCAACGUCGGUUUAAAAAUGAUAUGUUAACAACCUUAAACAAUUAUCUCGAUGAACAAGAGCAAUAUACCCAGAGAGUAUCGUUGCAAAAUAACAUUAAUCCAUAUCCAUAUACUGCAAGACAAAUUUGUGAACAGAAUGUCAAUGCAUUUUAUCAAGAUUUUGCUUCAAACGUAUCUUCACCUUCACCAGGGAACAGUAAUAAUUCUAAUAACCAUAUAUAUUAUAAAUGCAGUAAAGCUAGUACUUAUUUUUGUCCGGGAUCAAUCAAGAAGUUGAGAAACGGAACUGUAGUGAUAAUAAAAUCACAUGAGGGCCAUGUUUGUGAGGAAAAUAACUCUCAGCAACUUAUUUAUAGUUUUUGUGACAUUUUGAAAUCAAGGGCCUCUACUGAGAAUAUCUCGUUAAGGAAUUUAUAUGAUGAGGAAUCUAGAAGACAUGUGGUAGCAGCAGGGUUGUACCCAUGGUCAACAGCCGAAUCUCUUAUGCGACACGCCAGAAGAAGAUCAUUGCCUAGAUUGCCUAACUCACUGUUAGAUUUGGCAACUCUAUUUAACAAUGGCCAGCUAAAUCGGUUUUCUUGUUGCGACUCUCCUUUUUUUAGAGGAUGUGUUACAGAUGUGGAUGGAAGAAGUAGCAUCAUUUUUGGAUGUAUGAAUUUAAUUGUUAAUGUUCUGCAAAAUGGUGUGACAGAGUUACAUGCGGAUGCCACAUUCAAGGUUGUACCUAGAAACAUGGGAUACCAAUUACUAACCAUACAUUGUAUGAUCAAAAACCAUUCCAUACCUAUUGUCUAUAUUCUUAUGGAAAGUAAGUCGCGGAAUUCAUACAACUAUGUUAUGCGUUUUGUAAAAGAUAAUCUUUUACCAAACUUAACGGUUGAAGUCAUUAUAACUGACUAUGAGGUGGCUCUGAGGGAUGUUUUGAUUUCAUCAUUUCCAGAAGCUCGUUAUGAUGGUUGCUGGUUUCAUGAUAACCAAGCUGUAUGGAGAAAAAUGAACAGUUUAGGAUACUUACAUCAUCUAAAUAGUAACGAUAAUGCCCGUAAGGUAUUGAAACUCCUUAAGUCCCUUCCAUUAUUGCCAGCUAGAGAUAUGGAGGAUGGAUUUUUCUUAAUUAGAGCAUUUGCACGAAAUCAUGAUGUCCACUUGGAGAGAUUACUAAGUUAUUAUGAAAGAUAUUGGUUAAGAAAUAUUGGUCCACAAGUUGUGUCGGUUCAUGGACUGCCUCGUCGGACAAAUAAUAACAUUGAGAGCUUCCAUAACACGUUAAGAUUAAAGUUCUCUGUUGCGCAUCCAAGCUUAUGGGUAUUUCUAGGCACUUUAACUACUUUGAGUACCAGUUACCAUUUGGUUAAUCAACAAAUUUUGAACUACUUGCGUCCCCCUUGGCAUGUGAGGACCAAGUUUUUGGCUAACUCUCACAGGAUAAAAUAUGCUACAGAGCAAUACCAAUUAGGACAAAUAUCAAUAUGGCAAUUUCUUCUGCGUUGUUCGUAUACCAGCGCAGCAUAUGAAUUAAGGCUGCGAACCUGGGCUUUGAGAAUGAACGAUGCUGAUGUUGAAGGUGAAUCAGACCACAAUGUUCCAGCAGAUGCAGUUCCAGUACCAAAUCACAUUCCCAAUGUUAUUAAUCCACAGCCAGUUGAAAAUAAUAACUUGCAAUUGGAUCUGAAUCAAACGUUUAAUGAUGCACCAGGUUCACCGCAAAUUAUGAACCCUCCAGAUUCGCCAAAUGUACCUCAGCUGCCUGACAACAGAAACUUGUGUAUGACAUGCUUGGUAGUGUCUCUAGCUGAAAGUGAACAGCAAUAUAUAGUAUUACCAUGUGGUCACGCAUGGGUGUGUGAUGUGUGUGUAAGGCAGUUGGAACAACAAAACUCUGUAUACCCAAUGUGUAGAGCAGAAAAUGUAACUACUUCUAGGAAAACUACCGGCAUAGAAUGUUCUUUGACGCUGAUUAUCAAAUUUGAACAAACAAUGAAUAUUACAAAGAUAAAUUUUAAUGCGGCGGUGCAAACCCUAUACCUCAGCACCGCUCCUGCACCGCCGGCCGAGACCGCCGUCGCCGCUCGCCAUCCAACGCCGCGAAAGGCACCCCCCAAACGCAGAUGUUAUGCCGGGUCCACACAGAGACGACAAAAGUAA